CCAUUUUGGAACAGAGCCCAAAGAAGUAGCUGUCAUAUUUUUCUUAUAUAUUUUGUUUACAAUGCGACAAGCGAUUUUUCUCUUAUGUUCAAAAAUUUAUAAUUGAAAAAUAUAAAUAAAAACCAACAUAUCAGAAAGCCCCACAAUUAUAAUAAACAUAAUCUAAGAAGUAAGUAAAAAGUGUAUUCCGAAUGGCUUUAAUAAAAACAAACCUCAACGGAAAACCCAUUCGAGAUGAAAGAUUGCAAUUUCCCAAUAUUGGGAAACCUCAAGCACUUGGCUGCUUCAGUCUCGAUACAAAUCGUGAAUACCAGAAUACAGCAGAAAAUUUUCAGUACUUCCGAAUGCCGAGUAGAUUUCCAUUAAAUCUAAAUGCUGGAUACGGUCAUGCAAAGUCGAAGCCUAAAGACCGUGAAGAUAAAGAACGAUUAUAUCCUGUUUUACAUUUUAUUUUAAAUCAUAAUCUGGUUAAGCGAAAUAAUGGCGCAACAACCAAUGCGAAAGCUGUUGAAGGAUUCGAUUUUAUUGCUUUUCGAGGUUUGCUUCGUGUUAUUAUGGGUACACCCUAUGAAGAUCGGGAAGAUUGGUGCAUCCAAGCCACCAGAUUUAAAGGCAACAUCUAUUUGUGUGAGAAGGAAACCGAUCAGAAGCGGACACAACGCUAUAAUAUGGAUGAAUACCAGAAAAGAUGCUGUGCCUAUGGAUUGAAAUUUGAACAAUAUUGCCUUUCAGCAAGUCCCUACGAAGAACCAAUUACAAAUGUUCCCGUUGACGAAUGCGAGGAAUUUCAUUGUGUUUUCAAAACACAAUUCCCUGGUAUGACACUGCUCUAUGGCGCUGAAAUGGACGGGGCUUUGAGUGUAAAUCUUGUGACAAAUGUUGAAAAUAAAGAUGUUUUGAAUUCUCUAAGGUUUAUGGAACUUAAAUGUUCACUUCGGCCGACAAAUGAUCGACACUAUAUAAAUUUUAACAAAUUCAAGUCGAGGAAUUGGUGGUGUCAGUGUUUUCUGGCAGGAAUUCGGGAUAUUCUUAUUGGCUAUAGAAAUGAUAGUGGCUUCAUUGACGAGAUCGUACCAAUGGACGUUGAAAGUUUGCCGCAAUUAGGAGCCGCCUUUUGGAAUCCAAUACAAUGUGCUAACUUCCUCGUUAGAUUCUUGAAACUGGUUAAACAAGAAAUGACAAAUGUAGAUUGUCCUCACACAGUCUACGAAUUUUACUUUAACCCACAAACCAGGAAUAUUAGUUAUCGAUUUUACAUUGGAAAAACCCCAAAGACUUUUCUACCGGAUUGGUAUGUGACGGCGUUGUUAAACUAAUUAAAUCGAGUUCAACAAUAUAAGGUGCAAUAAUUUUCUUUUUCUUAGUUAGUUUAGUUUUAGAAAGUAUUGUUUGUAUUUUAUUUAAACAAAGUAUUUGAUUCAUGAUGUUUACAAUGUUUUCUAAUAUAUUUUUAAAUCUUUAUUAAAUAUCAAAAUGAAGCAUUUAGAA